CAAAAAGAAAAAAACGAGCCAAAUAAGCAACUAGGGUUUAUCAAAACCGAAAACGAAAAUCCCUCCAUUUCUUUUAUCUACCACUCAACCGCCGGAGAAUAAUAACAUUCCCACAAUGUCCGUCGACGAUUCCACGCCGCAGGUGGACAAAAUCUCCCUAAGUGACGGCGUUGAGGAGGCUCAAUUCUCCCAACGCGUUCCUGUCCGUUCAAUUCUUGGCCGUCCUGACGGUGGAGCUGGACUCGCCGGAAAAGUUGUGAAAAUUGGGGGUUGGGUUAAAACCGGUAGAGAACAGGGAAAGGGUUCUUUUGCCUUCCUGGAAGUGAAUGAUGGAUCAUGCCCUGCAAAUCUACAGGUAAUUGUGGAUAGUGCUGUGUAUAAACUUGGAGAUUUGGUACCUACUGGCACUUGUGUCCACGUAGAAGGUGAGCUGAAGUUACCUCCUGAAGGUGCAAAGCAAAAAGUUGAGCUUCGUGUCCAGAAGGUUCUGUCCGUUGGUACCGUUGAUGCUGGCAAGUAUCCAUUGCCCAAGACUAAAUUAACUCUUGAGUUUCUUAGAGAUGUUGUUCAUCUGCGGCCUCGAACUAAUACUGUAAUGAUCUUUCUCACUCUUUCUCUUUUGUUUCUUGAUUUAUAUUUCUCCAUCUGUCCCAUUUUAGGUUAUGUUGUUGGACUGGGCAUGAAUUUUAUGAAAAUACUUUUGAAAUUUGUGAUCUAAAACUUGUGGUCUAAA